AUGUCGACUCAUACCUACAAGAAGUUUGAGGAGACAGAAUCGGGCGUCUUGCCCGAUAAGAUGACGGUGUACCAGGACUGUCUGAACGAAUUCAAUGAAUCCCCGGUCAACCCUAGGCGUUGUCGUACAUUGAUUUCGCGCCUAUUGCAAUUGCUUGCCCAGGGCGAGACUUUCCCCAAGAGCGAGGCUACCACCCUGUUCUUCUCCGUUUCUAAACUGUUUCAACAACCAAACGAUUCCUUGAGACAAAUGGUAUACUUGGCGAUCAAAGAGCUAAGUUCAAUCUCCGACGAUGUGUUGAUGGCUACGUCCUCCAUCAUGAAAGACAUUCAAAACGGUUCUGAUGUCAUCAAACCAAAUGCUAUCAGAUCAUUGACACGUGUGCUCGACGAAUCCACUGCUUUUUCCGCCGAGCGUUUGCUCAAGUCUGCUGUCGUCAGCAAGCAUCCUUCCAUUUCAUCGGCUGCCCUUGUGAGCUCUUAUCACCUACUACCCGUCGCUGAAAGCACUGUGAAAAGAUACAUGAACGAAACACAAGAAGUUGUCUCGGAUUUGAAGACCUAUCCCUACACUAACGGUUCCUCCGAGUUUUACCCAAACUCCACCUACAUCGCCCAGUAUCACGCAAUUGGCCUUCUCUGCAUGUUGAAAAAUCACGAUAAAGUGGCUUUGAUGAAGCUAGUUCAGCAGUUUUCCACUGGGAACCUUUUAAAGAAUCAACUGGCCCAAGUCGAACUCGUGAAGCUAGUUGGGGAAUUACUUCACAAGGACCCCCAAAUGGUGACACAGUUUGCUGCUCUUUUGUCGAAUUGGCUCUCCAGUAAAUUCGAGUCCGUUCAAUUGCAAGCUGCCAAACUAAUCACCUCCCUGCCAGAUCGUUACGUGUCUCCAGAACUUUUCGCUGCCGCAGUACAAACUUUACAAGCGUUACUUUCAGUCCCACGUGUCACGACUAGAUUUGCGGCUGUGAGAGUUUUAAACAGGAUCUCCAUGACAGCUCCUGAGAAGAUUGUUGUUUGUAAUCCUGAGUUGGAAUCCUUGAUCAACGAUAGCAACAGAAAUAUUUCAACCUAUGCAAUCACAACACUGUUGAAGACAGGUACUUCCAACAACAUCGCAUCGUUGAUCAAAACUAUCACUAAGUUCAUUCACGAGAUUUCAGAUGAUUUCAAGAUUAUCAUCAUUGAUGCUGUUCGGACAAUGUGCCUAAAAUUCCCUGAAGAAUGGAAGUCUUUGCUAGACUUCUUGAUAAACGUCUUGAAGCAAGGUGAGGGUGGUUUUCAAUUCAAAAACAGCAUCGUGGAAGCUCUUUUUGAUCUGGUCCAGUUUGUGCCGCAAUCUAAAGAAGUAGCUUUGGAGAAUUUAUGUGAUUUCAUCGAGGAUUGUGAGUUUAACGAGAUUUUGGUUAGAAUUCUACAUCUUUUGGGUAAAGAGGGCCCAACGACUAAGAAUCCUUCUCUAUACGUGAGACACAUUUACAACAGAGUUGUGUUGGAGAACUCUAUAAUUAGAUCGGCCGCUGUGGUUGCACUUUCGAAAUUUGCGCUGGUCAAGAAUGACCCCACUUUAGUGGAAUCAAUUGAAAUCCUGUUGAGAAGAAUUUCAAAUGAUGUCGAUGAUGAGGUUAGAGACAGAGCUACGAUUGCACUUCAAUUAAUUGAAUCAAUAAAAUCCGAACCUCAAUUAUACGUGGCUCAAGAUAUACUCCAAUGCAAGUAUUCAUAUGAUUUGGGUGCUCUGGAGUCAAAAUUGAACCAAUACAUGUCCGCUAAUGAAGAUACCUACAAGACGCCAUUCGAUGUCGCUUCAGUUCCAAAAUACACCGAAGACGAGAGAAAGGCCAUUGAAUUGAAGAAGAGACAAGAACAAUUAUUCGCAGCCCCCACAUCCAAAAGAUCAGGUGCUGCCUCACAAUCUGUUGACGCUGAGAAAAAUAAUAGUUCUUACGUAGGUCCAACAUUACAAGAACAAGGUGAGGACCUCAUGAUCACCAAGUAUGCUGACGAAAUUGCCUCUAUCGAAGAGUUCAAGGGUUUUGGUCCUAUUAUCAAUACAUCCAAGGAUAUUCCUUUGACAGAAACAGAAGCGGAAUUUGUGGUUACUGGUGUAAAACAUUUGUUCAAAAAUCACGUUGUUUUGCAGUUCAAUAUCACUGAUACACUAACAGAUGUUGCCCUUGAUAAUGUUUCCGUGGUAUGUACUCCUGAAAUCGAGAAUAGCACUGAACUUGAGGAAGUUGUUACUAUCCCAAUUGAGAGACUCAUGCCAUCUGAGACAUCUGUAUGUUACGUUGCAUUCAAGAAGUCAGAGGGCAACAUUAUGGAAGGGUUCCUAAACACUUUGUACUUUACCACAAGAGAAUUGGAUCCUAAUACUCACGAGGCUUUCGAAGGUGAUGAGGGAUUCCAAGAUGAGUAUGAAAUCGAUUCUAUAUUUUUAACGGCUGGUGACUACAUUAAGGGUGCAUUUGUAGGUAACUUUUCCGCAUGUUUCGACGAAUUACCACAUUCCGAAGUUGCUGUUUACAACAUAAAGGAGAAUAUAUCUUUGCAAGAUAUAGUCGAUAGACUAGUCGUCAACACAAGUUGCUUGCCUUUGGAAAAUACUCAAUUCGCUCCUUCAGACUCUAACACUCACACCCUCAAGUUGUUUGGUAAAAGUGUUAUGAGUGGAGCAAGAAUUGCGCUCGUGGUACGGAUGAUCAAGAGCUCUAAAGGUAUUGCCUUGAAAGCUGAAGGUAGAUCCGAUGAUGCACAACUUUGUGGUGAUAUUGUUAACGAGUUGAUGUAA